CGCGCCGCGCACUCCAGCCCCUGUGUGUAGGAACCAGAGCAGUGGAGCUGUAAGCUAGACAUGGCGGCGGAUCCUAAGCCGGACUGGCUCUCCUGCCUUCCCUCUGCCUGGAGUUACGGGGUGACUCGGGAUGGACGCAUAUUCUUUAUCAACGAAGAAGCGAAGAGCACAACCUGGCUGCAUCCCGUUACUGGAGAAGCUGUAAUCACGGGCCACAGAAAAACUCCAGAUUUACCAACAGGAUAGGAAGGAUACACAUUCGAGGGAGCUCGCUGCUUCAUCAAUCACAAUGAGCGAAAGGUGACCUGUAAGCACCCGGUGUCAGGCGUCCCCUCCCAAGACAACUGCAUCUUUGUCGUGAACGAACACAUGAGUUGUGGAAUGCUUGUCCACCCUGACAAGCCAGUAGAGGCUCUGAGCAGGCCGGCUCCCAAGGCUUCAUCAGAGCAAGGCAGCAGCAGUGACAAGAAGGAGCGUCCCAUGAGCACCAUGAGCGAAGCGUCUAACUACACGGGUGGCUCCGACUACAGCACCUUCCCCGGGAGCCCGGCCACCACCGCCAAUACCACCACCACCUCCACUUCAUCCACACGGCCCUCUAGGUCUUCCAAAAAAGUUCACAACUUCGGGAAGAGGUCAAACUCCAUCAAGAGGAACCCCAAUGCCCCGGUUGUCAAGAGCAACUGGCUUUACAAACAGGACAGCACAGGCAUGAAGCUGUGGAAGAAGAGGUGGUUCGUUCUGUGCGACAUGUGCCUCUUUUACUACCGUGAUGAGAAAGAGGACAGCAUCCUGGGAAGUAUCCUGCUGCCAAGCUUUCACAUCUCCAUGUUGUCUGUGGAUGACCACAUCAGCAGGAAAUACGCCUUCAAGGCCACUCACCCCAACAUGCGGACGUACUAUUUCUGCACUGACACAUCCAAAGAGAUGGAGUCCUGGAUGAAAGUCAUGACGGAUGCUGCCCUCGUCCACUCUGAACCAGUGAGAAGGCUGGACAAGUUGAAAGUGGAUCAGCGGACACCUCAGGAGUUGAACAACUUCCUGAACCACAGAGUCCUAACCCGGCCCGAGAUCCAGAACAACGAACGCAACCGCGAGCCUGUGCGACAACACUCCCUGUCUCGAGUUGACGACAAGCGGCAGAAAGACUUGGAGAAACACAACUGCCAGCGGGAGUACUACACCUUACAGAGAGACGGGGAGAAGUACUCGCUGAAGAAAGACGGCGUCAGCUACAUGCUUCAAAAGGAUGGAGAGAGGUAUCUCCUCCACAACGACGGGGAGAGGUACAUGCUGCGGAAAGACGGGGAGAAGUCUUCACUGCAGAACGACGGAGAGGUGUGCGCACUCCACAGGGAUCUGGAGAAGCCUGCUGUCCAGAACAAGGACGAAAAGUGCACUGUGACGCCAACGGAGGAGAGAUACGCUCCGUCUAAAGAUGGAGAGAAGUACCUGCUCGCGAAGGAUGGAGAGAAAUUUGCACUGCAAAAAAUAGGAGACAGGCACACACUCCAGAAAGAUGGACCGAAAUACGUUCCCCAGAAGCAGGUGAAGAGACAGCUGUCUUUAAAGGAGACGGAGAGGUACGGCGUCAUGAGGGAGAUGGAGAAUAAAUAUGGUACCAUACAGGUUGUGGACAAAUACGGCACUCUGAAGGAAGUGAGGAAAUACAGCACGCUCCGGGAAGGGGAUAAAUACGCUACUCUCAGAGAUGCAGGGAAGUAUGCUACGCUCCGGGGUGGGGAUAGAUAUGGCUUCCAGAGAGACCCGAGUGCCGAAAGGUCUCUGACUAAAAUCAGCAGCAUCAAGCUGCAGCCGGCUCAGGCCGCUGCGAUCGCAGCCGCAGUGUCUGCAUCUCGCCAGGGCCAGGCCAAUGUCAACGUCCCACAUCCUGUGCAGGUCAACGGCUCGGGGUCCACGGCAGCGACGGAGAAGACUGGGGAUUGCAGCCCAGCAGAGGUGGACAGCAGCCUGGCCAUGGGUCCAGGAAAGUCACCUGCUCCGGUCCAGGAGCCGGAGAAGGGCUUGUCCCGGACAAACUCCAUGCAGCAGCUGGAACACUGGGUCCGCUCACAAAAGACAAGAGGACUGGACGAUGACACCAGGAGUGUUACGUCCUACCAGACCCUCCCCAGGAACAUGCCCAGCCACCGUGCUCAGAUUGUGCCCCGCUACCCAGAGGGCUACCGCACGCUGCCCCGCAACAGUAUGAUGAGGCCCGACAGCAUCUGCAGCGUGGCGGGCUCUGUGUAUGACCGGGCCCUCCGUCCCGCCUCCACCAGCACCAUCACCACAGCGGAGAAGAGGCGCUCGAUGAGGGACGACACCAUGUGGCAGCUGUAUGAGUGGCAGCAGAGACAGGCCUUCUCCAGGCACAGUCUGGCUCAGCCAACAGCUGUGGGUCAUUACGGCACCCUGCCCAGCACAAAGACCAUGGGUAACAUCUGUGAACACGCGGUGGCGCACUCCAUCCCCACCUCACCGUCUCACGGCUCCCUGGCCCUCUACAGCACCUUCUCCCCCCCGCGCCAGCAGGUCCCACCCAACCCCAGCAGCUCCCACUCUGAGGUGUCCUCACCUGUCUCCAGGGGGGACGGGACGCUGGACCACCGGCACAGGACGCAGCUUGCCAAGUACGGCUACCCGCCUGACCGAAGAUCCAUCGCAACCGGCGUCCCUCCUCAGUCCAUCACCCCACAGUCCCUGCAAGGCAGGACGCCCGAGGAGCUGACCCUGCUCCUGAUCAAGCUCCGCCGGCAGCAGGCGGAGCUCAACAGCCUGCGGGAACACACAGUAGCUCAGCUAAUGGCCCUGGGUUUGGAGGGGCCCAACGCCAAGACUGAUGUUCUUUCUCAUCACCUCCAGAGGAACCUUAUUCACCUGGACAGCCAGAUCAUUCCAGACGACUUCAAAGACGGCUCGUUCAUCUCACGCACAGAGGAGGCCGACAUAGACACCAAGCUGAGCAGACUGUGUGAGCAGGACAAGGCGGUGAGGAUGCAGGAGGAGAAACUGCAGCAGCUACACAGAGAGAAGCACACUCUUGAGACGGCCCUGCUGUCUGCCAGUCAGGAGCUGAGUGAACAGAGCGGCUCCAGCGCCGGCGCCACCCAGAGCCUGGUCCAGCAGAGGGACGUGCUGCAGAACGGGCUGCUAAGCACCUGCAGAGAGCUGUCCAGAGUCAGCACUGAGUUGGAGCGUUCCUGGAGGGAGUACGACAGGUUGGGGGCAGACGUUACUCUGGCCAAGUCCAACCUGCUGGAGCAGCUGGAGGCCCUGGGCAGCCCGCAGACAGAGCCUCCCAGCCAGCGGCACAUCCAGAUCCAGAAGGAGCUGUGGAGGAUCCAGGACGUGAUGGAGGCUCUGGCCAAAAAUAAACCACAGCGGAGCACAGAAGGCACAGGUUUACCUGGUUCUAAACCGCUCUCCAGUCUCCAGAAGAACGAGCAAGCUCCAGACUACCGGCUGUAUAAGAGCGAGCCUGAGCUGACCACGGUGAAGGAAGAAGUAGACGAGGCUAACGGGGAGGACAAGGAAAAGACAGACUCCUCUGCUGAGAGUAAGGACGCUGCAGCUUCAAAAGUGCCCCCCCACCCGGUGGGCAUCAUUCCUCCCAGGACCAAAUCCCCCAUGAGUCCUUGUAGGAGUCCUCCCGAGUCCUCCACUAUUGCCUCCUAUGUCACCCUGAGGAAGACCAAGAAGCCUGAAUCCAGAUCAGACCGUCCCAGGAGUGCCGUGGACCAGACAGGGUCUGGGGAGCGGGAGGUGGGGAGAACUAGGAUGAGUGUGGAGGAGCAGCUGGAGAGGAUGAGGAGGAACCAGCAGGCCUCGUCGCUUCGAGAGAAGAAGAGAGAAACGCCAUCCCGCUCGCCCUCCUUCAGCAAAGACAGCCCUUCUAUUAUCCAGCAGAGUCGGCUCCAGGCGGAGGGGGCGUGUGCAGACCCUGUGGAGCUGGAGGCGGCCUUGCAGCAGCUAAAGGCGGCUCACAUGGAGCGGAGCAGGACGGCUGCUAAGGCUCAGCCUGCCCCACAGGAGGUGCAGAGGGUGGAGGAGGUGAAAGAUGAGGUGCAGCGUGACGGGGACGGUCACGGGGCCCUGCAGAGCGUGAAGGAGGCCAACAGCACAGACAGUGAGCUGUGUGAAAGCCAGAGGGUGGUGAUUGUGGACCUGGGCGUGGAGCCUCAGCGUGUGGAGAUAGUAAACCUUCACUCGUUUGAGGAUGACGAAAGCAGAGAGCAAGAUCUGACUAGCUCACCAACAAACACCACCACUGACAACAGCUUCCAGACUCCUGAGCCUGAAACGCCGAGCCCGGAGCCGAGGGAGGACGAACCAGACACGACGCAACAGCGCGCAAGAGAGGAGAAGCUGGAGCUAACAGCAGACGACAAGAAACACAACAACAACAACAACAACAUGUUGGCUUCGCAGACGUUCACCUUGGUGAGCAGAGACACGUGAGCGUUGCCGGCCUCGACAUCCACACUGGCGUCCCAUAAAGCCCAAAUGUAGCCUGCCUGCACAGAGCAUGCUCCACGGCUUCCUGCGUUUACAACAGGACUAUUUUGAUACUACUGUUACAUGCCCACAAGGAGACUGAGAGGAUGAUAGCCCUGCCAACUGACUGACAACACACAGACGGGCCGCCAUCACUUGCAGACAGAGAUAGUGCAGAUGUACUGUAUCUUUAGCACCUGUUAGAUCUGUCCAUGUUGAUAUGUCCCUGAGCAAAACACCAACAUAUGGAGUCAGAUUUGUCUCAAAACAUUUCUGCAUUAAAAAUAAGAUUGUGAAAUGGUCAUAAAAAAAAGUUAUAGUUUGAGCUGAAAUUUACUGGCAAAACCCCAGAAGGAGUUUUGAGAGUUUUUUCUGAUUUCCAUAUGAGUCUCCAGGCCAGGGGAAAGUAACUGGCCAGGCAUUUGGAUUUUUUUAGCUAAGGCAUGGCAAUCUAAUUAUUUUUUUCCACACUUUUCAAUUCAACAACGGAUUUGUAUUGAAUAGUUCAAUAUUAUGUAGGUUUAUAUGUUAAAAAGACCUUGAAAUGAUAUUUACUGUGUAUUUUAAUGAUACUUAAAAUUUGAUUCAGUCAAUAUAAAUGAAUUGUGAGCCAAUAGGGAAGCCUAUUCAUCUGAAUGGUAAAGUUGUGUAGUCUUCCACUAUUAGACAAUUCAGACGCAAGCAGUCUAAGGCCUAAGUCAGUUAUUAGUGCAAAACAAAGUCACAAAAACAGCGACAUCGUGACAGCUGCAUGAUCAGCACCAUGAACAGGUAUUCUACUCGCUCCCAUAUCUUUUAUUAUAUUGGCAAAACACACGAAAAAGACGCAACAUUUGGAACCUUCUAAAAGCUGUAAGACAAUUCAGGAAAAAUAACUGAUGAUUAACUUACUACACUUCGGUGGCUCAUGUUGGGCCUUAUAAAGCUGCAGCCGCCAUUUUCCAGAUAAAUAGAAUCUCCACAGUAAAGUGUCUUUCCACUCUGUGUUGCAUUUCUUGGUCAGGUCAUAGACUCACUGAAAGUUAGGGCAACCCAAGAUGCUGUAAGGAGACUUGGCAUUUUCUCAUGAGCCCUGUGGAUAUUACUGAGCAGUGUUUCCAGUGUCCAUCAUCUGGAUGUGUGGAACUGCGUGUUUGAGAAUGCUGUCGGGUGCGUGGGUCCAGUCAGUGUAAGCAGGGGUUUCACUAUUACUGAGUCGAGUGGAAGGAGAUGCUCUCCGGGUCGAGUGAAGCAAUGGAUUCCGGAACGGAUUUUUGUUUUGAAAUUAAAAAACAAAAUCAAGAAACUAGCUGUAUUCCCACUACCAUUUAGAUGUAGGAGAACAAAGAAUGGUUUUCAAAAAAUAACCUGGUGUCCAAAUUUUUUGAAAGGGGUUUGUUUAUUAAUGGAAAUCAGGAAAUAACAUACGCGUGUGAAAAUCCAGUAUCCCAUUUUUGUGCAGUUUUUUUGUUGAAACCUGGAAGUUGCAAGAUGUCUUCUUCUUUAGCUUAGGCAGAAUAGACUUUGCAACGGCGUGUUGCUGCCCCGCACGCCGACCUUUAAAACGUCUGUGGUCAUCAAACAUACUCUCCAACGAGCCGCGCCAUCUCUCCAGUUACUGCAUCGAUGUAGUUGUAAAACAGCUGCUCUGUGAUCUCCUGGUUUUCUUAGUUUCUGGUAAUGUUGCACUUUCCUCUGCUCUAGCGGCUGUUUGUAGCUUCCAUCUGCUCUGUGCAGCUGGAAGGCUAUUUGAAGGUCCAUUUUCUCCAGACUGAGAAUUCUAAAGCUGGGCUUGGAUAUUGGAAUAGGUGCCCUGUCCAGUCCUGUUCAAACCAAUAUCGGUAUUAAGAUUGGGCUUUUGUGUGAACUUGUGCAGGACAUUAUAGAUACUGAAUAAAUCCCCAAUAGCCUUCUCACCAGACACGGCGUGAACAGCAUCAGUAGAGUUGGUGGUAAAAGCAGUGAACAUUGGGAAUUUCUCUCCCAGCUCACGUUGAAGGAGUCUUUGAACCCCAGCCAGUCUCCCUAACAUUAGACAGGCCCCUUCGUUAACUUGGCUUUGCUCGGGCCAGCACAAUUCCAAAAUUAGUGUCUGUGUGAGACGUUUUACAUUGCCUGCAGCUGCUAUGGCGAUUGUUAAGAAUCUCUCUCUUAUAGUGUAGCUUUUGUCAACAAAACGAAAUACAAUAGAAAUGAUUGUGUGAUUUAUGGUUCUGCGGAGGCUCAAUGUGGUCUAAGUGGCUUGACGUUUGAACUUGUGCGUUUGUAUUUGUGGCAAUCUAAAAACAGGGCCGGCGUGUGUUUUUUGUGUCGGGAGUGUAUGGUAAAGUGAGUGAGAGAGUGACGGCUAUCAACUUUGGAGUGAGAGAAGCAAAGUGUCUCCCCUGUGCCAUGGGACAUCUGCAGCAGGAAAAAGAACCCUCUCCUGGAUUUCAUUUUGUUGAGGAGGAGGACCAGGGUCGGUAUCUCCAUGUACCUUUGUACGUAGCCACAGCGUAGUUUUAACAAAGCAUAAAUCAUGCUUUACUGUAGUUGUGUGUGUAAAUCUGAAGAAAACAGACAUGGCCUCAGCUGUGUAGGCCGAGUAAAACACGAGCAGUUUCAGAGCCAGUCUAGACAGCUGGAUUGGAACAGACGUGACAUGGAUGGAUUGAAAAUCGUGUGAAAUACAGUAAAGAGACCAAAGUGGUUGUGUAAAGAAAAAAAAGCGAGCCUUCACACCCCAAGUCCACUGUCAGAAAGUGGAGUUUCAGGCGAUGCAGAUUCAGCUUUCCAGAAGAACAUUUACCACUGUAGGCUAUGUGAGGAUUUAGCUGCGGGGGUGCGCGAUCAUGGAAGGCUAGUAGCAUGUUGACGCACCAAUAGUUUUGUUGUCAUUACUUAGAAUUCCUCAUGGGGGAGAACAAAACUACGCACUAUAUAUAAUAAUAUAUGCAAGCAUGUUAAAAUGUUUUUUGCCAUUUAUACAUUCGGCUGAAACACAAAAAGGGUCAACCUGUUCUCUUGUUCUGUUUUCUGUGUCUUUGUUUUGUUUAUUGCUGUAGUCACUGGCCACAUCAUUUAACUACUAUAAAAAAUAUCAAUUGAAACCAUUUCACAAUCUUGACCAGAUGUACGACUUGUUUAGGGGCAGUGUAUUUCCAGAAAUAUGUGUUGCCAAAUGUAUACACACAACAGACACACAUCAAUGCGCCGAGCUUUUGAUACCUUACUAAGUAUUAAAGUCAUUUUAACAUAAUUCUUAGAAUCUUCUACUGAUCUGGAGGAGGGGAUAUUCGCUGGGACUACGUCGCUGGAGGGAGUGUACAGCUGCAUCUAGGAGCACUUGAGAAGUCUCAGCGCCGACGGGCUAAGCACCAAAACUCACACACAUGCAGUGCUUUACUUUAACCCCAAAGUGACCGCCGAUGCUCUUGGAUUUUAACCACUCCCAUUUUGAUUCUUGGUGUUUUUAUUUGACACCAGAGGCUAUCACUCUAUUUUCAUUUUGCACCUGCAACAUAUCCUUCAUUGGAUAGACAUAUAUAAAUAUAUAUUAAAUAAAAAAAAAAGUAUAUAUAUGAACAUAAAGCAGAUUUUUACUUCAACAUGGUGCCACUUCAUGCUGCUGAUUCUUUUGGACAGUAUUUUUCAAGGUUGUGAUUAUUUAUGUCUGAAUCUCCUGAAGUCUGUUGGCGACACACGCAGUAUGUGAAUGUUUUUUUGAUUUCCAGUCUGCUUUUUCAGUUUGUUUGUUUUUUUGUUUUCGGUUUACAUUAUUCAGAAGUUAUACAGAGGCUGAGGACAUGACACAGAUUAGACUUUUUGCGUUUGAAUCUGUGCUAGGUGGUGAUAAAUGAAACAAUAGCACAUGUACGAAGCAAUAAGUUGGACUUUGGAGCUCCAGGACAUAAAAGACAUUUAAAAGAGAUGUAUAAACUGUAAAAAUAAAAAUGAAAAUAAAAAAAUAAAACAUAGCAUAAUUUAUGUACACACUGAAAAGAAGAACGGAUAUUCUAACUAUAAGAGAUUAUUAUUAAUAUUAUUAGGGUCAAUAUGCAAAAGGUUCAAAACCCAUCUGUUUUAUAUCAUGUGAAAUAAAUGUUGAUGUUCUUAAAA